UCCGCCGAAGAGUGAGAACGUGUAUCGCGACGGGCUACAUGGAGACUACAUUGUGAUUAUUUUCCAGUGCUCGUUUCUUUGAAAGCUUCUUAUAGUUUGGUAUUAGUGCAAGAGGUUUGUGAUAGUGGUGAUGUUAUUGUGAUAUCAAAAGGCGAGAAAACUUCUUUGUAUGACAUUUUUAAGGAAAUUUUUGUUCAUGAAUAUCAGUGUCCCAUGCAGACAGUCAGGCCUAUAUUUUUUUCGGGGCAACAUGGGUGCUCCAGAGGACGAUAACAGUUGUAAAUUGACCAAAUUUAAAAAGAUGUCGUCGACGCCUGAGCUGGAUAGAUACGAGGAUGAGGAUGAUAGUGUUGAUGGUGAAGUGACGGGCGGGACUCCUGAGGAUGCUAUAGUGACCGAUGUGCAGAGUCCGACCACGGCCUCACCCGCUAUGGAUGACGCUGUGAGUGCUGGACCGUGUGCCUUACCUGGACUAAGCGAUGCGACCGUUUCUCCUGCUGGCGAUCCGGUGUCAGCGGAGGCGCCAGCGGUGGAGGUGGCCAAGGGCGUGGCGGUCGAGAGGAGAUCCUAUUCUGACGUGCUGAAGAACAUUGUGCCGAACGCCGCGCCCGGCCUUACCUCUCCUGUCGCAGUGAAGGACACUGAUAACAGAGUGACUGGCGAGGGAGAGGACUCGAGUGAGAGAGAUGCCUCCAAUGGCCCCGGUGCCGUGCCUAGUGCCGUGCCCAGUGCCGUGCCCAGUGCCGUGCCCAGUGCCGUGCCCAGUGCCGUGCCCAGUGCCGUGCCCAGUGCUGUGGCUGAAGUGACCGAGAGUGUGACAGACAGUCCUUGUGACGAGCGGGGACACGCCGUGAGUGACAGUGCCAAUCUAGAGUGCCACGAUUGCAAAGACAGUCCAGUAGAGUCGGAAGUCUGCCAGAGCACGCCAAACCCUGAGGAAGUUGACGAUAUCGGCCGCGCCGCCCUCGAGUCUAGUUGUGCAAAUACCUCCGAGAAAGACCUUGCCGCGCUGGCGGAGAACAUGAACGAGUGUCAGAGCUCGGACGAUAUGGACUCCCUCGGCCUCAGUGACAUCGAGGACAACAGGAGCUCUUCCACCCACUCCUCCACCCCCACGCCCUCAUCUAACAGCGCGUCCGCCUCAAACACGCCCAAGUCUAACACUCCGACGCCCACGUCCGCGCCCUUGGAUCUAUCGGACAUCCUGCGUGUUAGCGAGGAUAUACUCUCUCAGACUCCCGGCAUGACUCUCGACCUUCUCCAGCGGCACCUGGAGAAGGGCGGGUCCCUACUGCAGGAGGCGGCGGCGCCCUCGGCCGAGACGGAGCCCAGCGUCAGGGAGCUGGCAAGGGCGCUCCACCUCCACCUGACACAGUUCACCGAGCGCCUCCACCACACCCGCGACCGCCUCGAGGACACUGCGAGAUGCUACCACCUCCUGGACAAGUCUUAUGAAUGGGCCCUGGAAGCCAUGAAGGUUGUAGGGCGAGUGAAGGGCGAAGGCCUGGCGUCCCCCGAGCAAGUGGGGUCAGCCGCUCGUGCCCUGUCAGCCUACCUGGAGGAGCACCCGCCUAUUGCUGAUGACACCUUCACGGCCAUGAACACGCUUGCAACAAGACUCAACAAUCAUACCCUUCUGCAACAAUGCAAGAUGGCACAGAUGCGAUGUCAAGAAACUUCGGAACUUCUACGUAAUCGUCAAGCAAUUCUUCAGAAAGCAAAACGGCAAAUGGAAUUCGACUGUCAGAGCUUUGUUGACCUCGGUGAAAUAUUAGGAGGAGGUGAAGACAUGUCUCCCUUGGCUUGGCUGGCGUCCUCGCCCCUCAAUGCAUCGGGUCGCAGAAGAUCAGUCUCGUCCGUAGGCUCGCGGCCAAGAGAAUCAUUAUCACGAUGUCCGUCGCUGGACACAGAUGAUGACUCCGUGUUCUUGGAUCCCCCGCCGCCCCCACCGCCUGCCAAAACGCCCCUAGAAGCCCGCACAAGCUUGGGUGGCAUCAAAGAAGUCCGGGAAAGUGCCGAGGACCUUCAGCAGAGCUCUGCACUCCCUACGUCCACAUCACAAAAAUUAACUACUUCUACAUCUGGAGUAAUAACUUCUUCAUCGGGUUCUAGUGGUACAAGUGGCAGCAGUUCCUGUUCGUCCAGUGAGAGUUCAGGACCCGUCAGCAUAAACAAGAAGUUCAUGAAAAGAGCCAACACGUGGCAGUUCGGUCUUGUUCCUAAAGAGCAUGCAGAUGAAAACACAAGCCUUGAUGAUGGAGGGCUUCUAUCCCCAUCAAGUCACAAGACUUUACCUCCGUCUUCAUCUGUCAAUUCCCACUUGCUAAUUCGUGGUUCCCAAUUAAACCUUUCAAUCAACACUGAAGAUCUGACACAAGCAGAAGUGAAGAAAAACAAAACCCUAUUGCUGAUUAUGAGGGAACUUAUCCAGACAGAGAGAGAUUAUGUUAAUGCACUUGAGUACAUAAUAGAGAAUUAUAUCCCAGAACUGAUGAGAGAAGACAUUCCCCAAGCUCUUAGGGGACAACGCAAUGUCAUAUUUGGGAAUAUAGAGAAGAUCUACGAGUUCCAUUCCGGAUAUUUCCUCCGUGCUCUAGAGGCCUGUGAGAUGCGGCCUUUUUCAGUUGGCUCCAUAUUCUUGAGAUAUGAGAGUCAGUUCUAUCUCUAUGCCCUGUACAACAAAAACAAACCCAAGUCAGAUGCCCUGAUGUCAGAGUACGGUUCAUCAUUCUUCCGAGCAAUGCAGCUUGAGUUGAAAGAUCGGAUGGAUCUUGCAUCUUAUCUUCUGAAGCCUGUCCAGAGAAUGGGCAAAUAUGCUUUGAUCCUUAAGCAGCUGCUGAAAGAGUGUGCUCGAGGUGAUGAGCAUUAUGAAGACCUCCAAUCCGCACAGGAAAUGGUUCAAUUCCAGCUGCGCCACGGCAAUGACCUUCUUGCAAUGGAUUCCCUAAGAGACUGUGAUGUGAACCUUAAGGAACAGGGUAGACUUUUAAGACAGGGUGAAUUCAUGGUAUGGGAAGGAAGCAGAGCAAAGAAAUCGAUCAGGCAUGUCUUCUUAUUUGAAGAUUUGAUACUCUUCAGCAAAGCUAGAAGAGACCCAGAAAAGAAGACACUUGACAUUUUCCAAUACAAGUACAGUAUGAAAAUGACAGACAUUGGCCUAACAGAGCAAGUUGGAGACAGCACAACAAAGUUUGAGAUUUGGUUCCGGAAAAGGAAACCAUCUGAUACUUAUCUCCUGCAAGCACACAAUGCUGAGAUGAAGGAAGCUUGGACUGAAGAGAUUUCAAAGCUGCUAUGGCGGCAAGCUCUGCGAAAUAGAACCAUGAGGCUCCAUGAAAUGUCAUCCAUGGGAAUAGGAAACAAGCCUUGUUUGGAUAUCCGCCCCAGUGAAGACCAAAUCAGUGACAGGUCAAUUAGUAUCAACCAGCUGAACAAAGCACCUCGUCUUCGUUCUGGGUCCAUAUCAACAAUUGGUGAAUUGAAUGGAGUUGGAAAGAGACCUCAUUCAAUAAUUUCUGUAAGCUCUUCCUCUGCCUCAUCAUCUGCUUCUUCUGCUUCUUCUACUCACUCAUCUACAGUCUGUCCCACACAUGUUGGUACCCUUAACUUGGGGUUUGAACCUGGAGAUUCACCAAGAGCCUUGCAUCGCUCCGUGACACGGACAAGUCAGUGCUCUGCAGAGAGUGGGAUCCUUGCUGAUAUGUACUCAGGAGGAGAUGAAGACACGCAGUCACAUCGACGUGUGGAAAGGUCAAAUUCAACAGUGACUACUAUAUCUGUUGAUUCUGCCCUCUCUCCAGUCCCUUCUACAUCACCUGUCUCACCAGCUGCACCCACUUCACCUUCCCUUACAACUGUCCUUCCCUUCACUGGAACUUCUGAUGUGAUUUAUGAAGUACCCCCAACACCAUCAACUUCAAAAGACUCUACAGCUAAGACGCUUCUCACAACAGAGGUUUAGUGAGAAGCUUCCCUGGUCUGUGCAGAUCAUGCUGAAGGAGCCAUUAGGAUUAUUCUGUAUUUAUUGAUAGCUCAUAUGUACAAAGACUAUAGCUGUUAUUAUAUUAAUGAUAUCAUUAUGUAAAUAGCUUGGCAAUAAAACUAUGAUAAAUAUAUUUAGUCACCAUUUUGUCUUAGCAAAACCCACCAGUGCUUUGAUUAUGCUAAGUCUGCUUUUGUAUGUAGAGUAGUGAUGCCAAAUAACCUUAUUCCUACAUAAUCAUAUCUGGAUCACUUGAUUUAGACUGUUAUGUGUACACAAGUCAUUUAUUCCUGCUUAUGAUGCUCCUAGAAAGUGCCUGUGACUAACAAACUCAAGCACAUUGAACUAAUGUAAGUCUUCUUGAUUUGAAGUCUAGCAGCUCUGUCUUCCAUGUAGCACCAUGUAGUGUGAUGUAGUAAUGAGUUUUGGACAUUUCUUGUGGAAAAGCUUAUUAGUUAUUUGAGACAUCACAAUUCAUCACGUGAAUUGCUGUUGUCGGACAGUAGUGUUUAAUGGUGCUACUCUGCCGACUUACAUGAUUUUAUUUUCUUUAACCUUUAUUUUGUUUUCUUUUUAUUACUGUAUAUAGUAGUCAAAAGAGCAUUAUCCUAAACCAGGAUGUAUCUAACUGUCUAAAUACAAGUGAUGUUUAAGGCAUUUUCUUUUGAAUACUAUCAAGAAAUUUAUGCUUAUUCUGUUAGUGUCCUGUAUUUAUCAGGAUAAUCUUCUCUACAAUUUUGCUCUUACUUUCCAUUGUAAAUAUCAAUUUGGAAACAAUAUAGAGUGAUGUUGACAUUGUGAGAAGCAAAUUCUGUAUAGUAUAAGUUCAUGAAAUUUGAGCUUACAACAUGUAACUAAUCCAGCUUGGUAUAAUAUAUGAACAUAUUUUUUGGGAUACAUUAUAAGGUGUCAUAAACUUGGUUGUCCUGUUUUUUGACUGCUAUUCAUCAGUUAUUCAGUGAUUUGCUGCAUGACAUACCAUGAAGUACCUUGCAUUUUGUACAUAAUAUUUUUUUAGAUAAUAUUUUAUGUUGUUUUGUAAUGUAGACAUACAAGUCCACUUAAUAAGUCAUUACUUGCAUGUUGCAUUAAAUCUAUAUUAAUAUUUUUCAUUGCAACUGCUGAUGCAAUACAAAUAAUCUGUCAGUGCCACAGUGUCAGUUGACUUACUCUUCACAUUACUCUUUACUUGUACUAUAGUUCUGACUGACUUGUUUAUAUUUUUUCUACAUUAUUUUGUACAUAAAUUUUUGUUUUCUUUAUUGAGUUUGGCUUAUUUUCUAAUGAUUUACCUCUGUCAUCACUGAAUAAAAUCUUUUAAAUAA